AUGGUAUCAAAGACCGAUUUAGCUCAUUUUGAAGGCGAGAUGCGGCGUACAACAAAAGGUGCAUUGGCAGACGCCAAAGAUGACCCCUCCGGUGGCGGCGAAGAAAAUCUCAAAAUGCGUAACGGUAUAGUCUUGAUGCCACAACCAUCCGACGAUCCAACAGACCCAUUAAACUGGUCGUAUUUCCGCAAAUACAUGGCCAUGAUCACGAUAUCUUACCUGGCAUUCGUCUGCUAUAUGGCAGUGACAUCCCUCGUUCCCGGUACCUUGGAGCUGGCAGAAACGUACGGCACCACAAAAGACAUCGCUGUGUACCUUGGAAACACACCUGUGGCUCUGUACGCGGUCGGACCCUUCUUGUGGAGUCCUUUGAGCCAUUUUAUCGGCCGAAGGCCUGUUCUGUUGAUGUCGAAUGUCAUUGCCAUCGUGGGAUCAAUCGUGGUCGCAAGUGCUCAAAGCUACGGUGCAUGCAUGGUUGGAAGAGUCAUUCAAGGCCUGGGUGGAUCUGCUUUCUGGACAUUGGGUCCUGCUAGUAUCGGUGACAUUUUCUUUCGACACGAAAAGGGCAAGAUGGUGGGAAUCUCGACACUCGCAAUCGUCGUCUCCCCUUUCGCCGGCGGUAUCGUCGGAGGCGCCAUUAUCAACAACAAGAGCCUGGGCUGGAGAUGGUCCCAGUGGAUAUCACUCAUCUUGAUCGCAACUGGACUGCUGAUGCAGAUUGUCUUUCUUCCGGAAACCAUAUUUAUUCGUGACCGACUUGAGUCCAACUCCUCCUCGCUCGAAACGGGCCGGGACAACGUCGCUGAGAAACCAGGUCUGUGGGCCAGGUACGGCAUUCAUCGACCGAAGCGGGACGCCAGCAAACAACACAGCUUCUUCUUCAUUUUCACCCGUCCCUUUGUCAUGUUCACCUACCCAGCCGUCGCCAUGGCUUCAUUCUGGUUCGGCGUGACGUACAUGAUGCACGUCGGUAUCACGGCUCAGAUCCCGCUGAUCUUCCAAGGGCCACCCUUCCAUUUCAACGUACUUGACGUGGGGCUGACCGCCUUCUCCGGCCUGAUCGGUGCCUUGGUGGGGGAAGCCUACGCAGGACCGGCGAUCGACUACAUUGCGAGGAAGUGCUUGAGAGAUGGCAAAGAAUGGAGACCGGAAAGACGAUUGAGAGCCAUAUGGCCAGCACUGAUCACGGCUCCGGGCGGACUGCUCAUGUUCGGAAUCUCGAUUCAAUUCGGUGACAGCUGGGUGACGCCAUUGGUCGGUCAGGGAUUCUAUAUCUUUGGCGUCGAGAUAGCCACAACUGUCAUCCAAACAUACCUCUUGGAAUCAUAUCCUCGCCAAGGAGCCGAGGCCAGUCUCGUCUUCAAUCUCAGCAGAAACCUGUUGUCAUACACGGCGCCCUUUUUCGUGCCACCCAUGCUGAGACAAGUCGGUUUCAGCGCCACGUUCGGCGUCUUUGCGGCUCUGAUCGUCUUCUUCUUUCCUCUGUGCAUCAUGAUGCUCAUGUGGCAGGGAAAGAGCAUUCGCGAAAAGAGUGGCGAGCCAGAUUGGAGUAGAGACUAA